AUGGACCGUCAAACUCACUGGGAAGGAACAAUUGCUGAUUCAGAUUUUCAAUUUUCCGUUGGCUCGUUUAAGUCAAAGAAUUCAUCGCCGUCCUCAUAUAUGCCUCCUCCAAUUGUCAGCAUCCGCAACACCAGAGAUGCGAAAUCUGCUGAAGAUUUAUGGUUUCACCAAUUUCCCAACGUCACAAUGUCUUCAAUGGGAAUCCCUCAUUCAAAGGCCAACGAAGAGACUAAUGAUCCGAUCAAAACAGAAUGGAGUGUUGACCGGUGCAAAAGUAGUCGUAGUCAUGAUGAGAUUGUCGAUGACAGGGCAAAGAGAAUGGGUGCUGUGGCGCUGUACCCGAAUGAUCUUGAUAAUGCGGCGUCGCUUGCGUCUUUCCUUGGGCGACUUCCCGUCAAAAUGUUGAAGUUAUGUUCACCUCUGGUUUCGUUUGCUGGAUCGGGAGAGCCUUCUUGGAGAGCUGCAAGAACAAGACGUGAAGAUCAUCAUGGUGGCAAAGGCUUUGAGUUGCAACAUAUAGUUGGAGGAUGGUAG